AUGGUGACUCCCCCGUGGUCAGUCUCACCUGCCUCCCCGCCUGCACCCAUGCAGCACAGCCAUGCACCAGCUCUCACCCAUGCAGCACAGCCAUGCACCAGCUCUCACCCAUGCAGCACAGCCAUGCACCAGCUCUCACCCAUGCAGCACAGCCAUGCACCAGCUCUCACCCAUGCAGCACAGCCAUGCACCAGCUCUCACCCAUGCAGCACAGCCAUGCACCAGCUCUCACCCAUGCAGCACAGCCAUGCAGCCCGCUCAACACUCUCUGAACCCACCGUCCAUCACGCGCAUGGACCGCACUCACCCUGCUGCCCGCUUCUCUCCCUCCCCGCCGUUCUCCCAUGCAUGUGCCUGCAGCUGCAGGCGCUGUUGCGCAUGGGCAUGCCAGCGGGGGUGUGCAGCACGCGCAACGCCACCACGCCACUGCACGUGGCGGCGUAUGGCGGCCACGUGGACUGCAUGUGCCUGCUGGCGGCUGUGCGUGCCUGGCGGCUGGACUCCAUUACACAAUGCAGUGACCAAGCAGCAGUGGGAGGCAGUGAGAUGACUUGCACACCAGGGAAUAGAGCCAGCAGAG